UUCACACUUGCGAGGGUUCAUUCCUUUAUUCUACAGAAAAUUAAGUGUCCUAUUAGACAAAGUAGUUUCAGAGUUAUUACCCUUUUAUUCAGGGGUGUGCUAUUUUCACAGAGGCCAAAAACGGCCUCGUGGACUAAAGGGUUAAACUGUCUCUGUUCUGUUUACUGAAGAAACAGAACAAUACCUGGAUAUGAAUAUCAGUGCAGAAAACUGUGUGUCUGGUUUAGCCACCACGCUUUGCAGUUUAGUUUUAUGGGAAAAAACAAAAAAGAAUUAACGGAAGUAAACGUCUGCAGUUUUUUAAUUAAAAGAAGAAACAACUAUCGGUGGUGGUUCCGUAUUUUAGUUUUUAACGGAAAAACAAGUUUAAAAGCAGCGCGGAGCGAGCAGCUACGAGUUCAUCAGCCUCCUCUUUAGUGUAGACGUGUUUGUGGUGACUUAGUGAAUAAAGAGUUUCUGAUCUGCUGAUUCAACACAGAGGAGCAGCUAUGAGUUCAUCAGCCGGUGGAUUAGUCGUCUUCCUUCUCUCUGUACAAGCUGCUCAUGCAUGGUAAUCAUCUAAAGGGGAAGCAGCACUUUUCAUCAGCUCCUACAAACACACAAGUUGUCUUUGGGUACCUCGUCCCUCUCUUGGACAGCUGAUAGUGGAGGACGUGUUUUAACAGAGAGGGAUGAGUGGAGCAGCUCUGAGGUUCACAGCAGCUGUGAGUGGGUUAGUCAUCUUCCUGCUGUCUGCAUCAGUCAUUCGGGGUCAGGAUGGCUGCAGAGUUUCUUACAGUUCCUCCUGGAUCUGUGGAUUACAAGGAUCCACCUUGGAGAUGCACUGCAGCUACACCCCCCCCUCCAGAACCAGUGAAGGGGUCACAGUGCAGAGGGCCUUCUGGUUCACCGACGGGCAGCACGGGCCCCCGGUGGAUCUGAGAACAGACCCAGGAUACGCAGGGCGGGUGCAGUACAGUUACCAUAGCAACCGCUGCUCUCUGAGCAUCAGCCACCUGAGAGCCAGCGACUCGGCUGAGUACAGGUGUGCUGUGUUCAUGUUCACCACAAACCAACCGGACAGGAAGUGCACCGGCCAACCGGGAGUCCGUCUGUCCGUCACAGGUUUACAGGUGGAGGUCAGCAAGUUGAGAUCUUGUUAUGGAAAGUGUACAUCAGCAGAGCUGACGUGUCGGAGCAGUUGUCUUCUACCUGGUCCAACCUUCUACAGCUGGUACAAGAACGGAGAGAAAAUGACGAGGGAAGGAACAACAACGAUUGGGGGCUACUUUUAUCCUGAAGAGAGCUGGUCCUGUGCUGUGAGAGGAUACGAGGAGCUCCGGUCCCCCCCACAGUGUGUUUAUGGUCAACCCUGCAACGUAGUGACGUACGAUGAAAGAAGCAUCUGUGCCUUCAGAGGAUCUUCAGUGGACAUUUCUGCCACAUAUAACAGUAGAUCUGUCACCUCUAAGUUCUGGUUCAGCCCUCGGCGUAGUGGUCGUUGGAAGCAUCUCGCUCAACCAGAGGACCUUCGUGAAGACUCCAUGUACGAAGGUCUUGUUGAGGUCCUUGAUACCGAGAGGGGACACUCCACCCUAAGAAUCAAAGACCUGAGAGAGAGCGAUUCAGCUGAGUACCGUUUCAAGUUCACCACACGGAGCUUUAAAGGGAGCAGCGGUUUACCUGGAACCACUUUGACCGUCAAAGAUCCAGAUGUGCAGGUGCAGGUGAUCUGGUCUCCUGGGGGUCCAAAGCUCAUUUGCCACAGCAGCUGUGUCCCUCAUGUCCCUCGCCCGUCCUUCGAUUGGUAUCGCAACGGAACCACGAAGGUUGAGGGUGAAGCGUCUCUUUCUUACGGAGGAUCCGUCGACCCCGCCGACAGUUUCUCCUGCGCUUACCAGAGCCUCCGCUCCCCUCCAGUGUAUGCUCCGAGGGUUCCCUCAGUGUCAAUGAGCUCAUCCGGUGACAUCAUGAAGGAAAGUUCAGUGACUCUGACCUGUAGCACUGAUGCUAACCCAGCAGCUAGCUACACCUGGUACAAGGAGGAUGGAACUUCAGACCCUCUUCUUCUCAGUGAAGAACCUCAGCUGGUCUUCAGCUCCAUCCAGUCCUCUGACUCUGGAAGGUAUUCCUGUGCAGCUGAGAACCAGCUGGGGAGGAAGAGGUCUGACUUCAUCUCUAUCGAUGUGAAAUGUGAGUGAAACACAACCUUCUGAAAAGCAACAUAAUCACUACUAAGGUAGUUGUAACGUUUCCUGGUUUAACCUGAGAGUCUCGGACCGUAGAGGCAGCAACACGGUUUGCAACACGUUUUUAUUUUGCAAUUCUUUAAUUACAGUUUACGCGUCAUGCUCCUCUCUCCAUCUGCUCACUACUGUCCUCUAUUGGGUGGGACACACACAUUAAGGACAGCUGAGUCUGAUUAGACUUCAUCCCGUCACCGUUCCUUGAAGCCCCCCCUUGCUCGGUUCCCCCUCUGCAGCUGAGCUAACCCCACCUCCACAGUAG